GCUCAUUCCACGCCCCCAUGGCACUUGCCUUGAGCAGCGUUCUUAUGAUGACUGGCUGCAAAUACUCUGUCUGAGUCUGUGUCCCGGAUGAUGUUCGACUUGGCAUCAAUGCGCCGUACCUGGCCGCGCUGUCGGUAUUUUACCCGUUGAAGUCCCCCGCCGGCCCCGACAGGGGUGCCAAUCACCGCCGAGUCGCAAAGCUGAACUCAUAUAAGAUAGCUUGGGCGCGACCCUGGCGCGACACUCCUCUGAUCCAGCAAGCAUGUCUACCCCAAGCAACGAUUCCAUCAACGACUUCGACGAUGAAGGCGGUCGCUUUCGACACCCGUUCACGGACGUCGGCGACUUCGACUACCUCGACGCGGACGAUGAUGAUCCCGAUGACAAGGAUACGCCCCGUACCCUCGUCGAGAUUCGUAUGUGCGCGCUGAGCGCCGCCAUACGCGAGAAGGUCGACUGGCAUGUCAAGUAUCGUGACGAGAAGAUACGGACCAAAUGGGCGGAAGAGAUUCGCGAACAACAGAAAGAUGUGCAUCAGAGCCUUCAACUCACGGAGAACAUGAUCAACUAUGUCUUGACUGAACUUGAUGCACACGCCGCGAUGCGUGACCCGAACACAGGCAUUGAGCCUGGUCCGUACGAGCGUACGUGGAAGUCCGAUCAACUCAUACCCGCUGGCUUGAGGACGGAGCUGCUGUCCGCGGUUGCACCCCUCGAGUCGGUUCCCGACUCGGAGAAGGACUGGCACCCUGGAUCCGACGGCAAAGUCCUAGAUCUCGUCCACCCGUCACUGUAUCCCGUCGUUUAUGGCCGUACGACAUCGACGUCCGGUGAAUUGCUCGAACCUCGUAUAGACGAUGACAUGGACUCUGUCUUCACGUCCGAGCGUUUCCAGUGGCUGCCGUCAGACUUCCGUGUCGCCGACGACGGAACCGUCAAGCUGACGUCGCCCUACAUCAACAACGUCCACCCAGAGGACCAUGUAGCCCUCGAGAAGGUGAUACCCGCAGUACUCGAGCGAGCUGUGCCCAUUUUCGAGUGGGUGCUCUCCGAUCUCGCACGCGAGAAGCAGGUGCCGACACGCAUGGACCUGAAGGGACACAAGUUCCCCGAGUGCAUAUGGGAUCCCACCAAGCCUACUCCCGAAGGCGAGGAGGAAGAGGCUCUCAAGGCGGAGGUUCGCCGCCUGGAGGCAGCAAGAGAUCCUGAACAGUCAUGGACCGACUACGGCAGAAUCAUCAGGCAUCAAUGGUUGGACAAGCAAUCGAAGACUUGGCCAGAGAGUAAGCCGGCGUACGACCAUGGCCUGGACGAAGUGAAGAAGACUGUCAACUUGCGCGGACAGACGCUGCAGAUCAUCGUGAAGCUGGCGAAUAUCGUUCUCACUCCCGAGAACCCAGAGUACGGCGGAGGCACAUGGCACGUGGAAGGCAUGAAUAACGAAGCCAUUGUCUCAACGUUCAUCUACUACUACGACUGCGAGAAUCUCACGGAAUCCACGCUUUCCUUCCGCAACGCCGUCAAUGAACCACGAUACCAUGGCCAGGAUGACAGCUACUGUAUGACGCAUCUGUAUGGCAUUGACCGGGACGACCGCUGCGUGCAGGACGUCGGCAAGGUCAUCACGAAGCAAGACAGGUGCAUCGCGUUCCCGAAUCUAUACCAGCACCUUGUUUCGCCCUUCCGCCUGGCGGACCCUACCAAACCUGGCCACCGCAAGAUCCUCGUGUUCUUCUUGGUGGACCCUCACAUCAAGAUCCCGUCGGCGUCCAUAGUCGCACCGCAACAAGCAUCGUGGGUGCAACGCGCCCUUCCGGGAACCGUGCUAUGGGAGCGUCUGCCCGUCGAGCUACAGGAUAUCGUACUGAACUAUGCGGACUUUAUGACCGAUCAGCAAGCGAAAGCCUACCGCGAGGAACUCAUGAACGAGCGUACGGCCUUCGUUGAGACGGUCGACGAGAACCGCUUCGGUCAUGAAUUCAAUAUGUGUGAACAUUGAGUGAUACCCUAGUCUACGACCGCGGAUGGCGAAGUCAUGUGUACAGUACUAUUAGCAGGCUGAGUAUCUUGUUGUCCAGUUCACGACGUAGUAACAGUCGAGCCAUUAA